AUGGACACGUUUUGCUUCUCACUGCCUGCACCUACUGAUUUUACUGAUAGUUCAUCUUCAUCAGAAGAAGAUGACAGUGAUCUUGAAGUCACUUCUAUACGUGAUGAACAAGAAAAUGAUUUGGUUCAUAUCGACGAUCUAUGCUUAGAUUCUGAUUAUACUAGUGAUGAAGAUAUUACCGUUUUGAAUUAUCCAACAGAAACAAAUAAUCCUGUUGUUCAAUCAAAUAACAGUGAUGAAAACUUAAAUUCUAUUAUUUCGAUCGAAAAUUCAUCCAUGUCUCCUUCAACUGAUCAAGAUAAUAGUGGAUCAUCAAAGAAGCGUAAGCGUCGAGCAUGGUCUAUCAAAGAAAAAUUAUUGGUUAUUGAAGAUUAUGAGAAAUCAAAGAGUAAACAUACAAUAGCAAAAGUUCAUGGAUGUACCAGAUUUCAAUUGUCAGAAUGGAUAAAACAGAAAGAAGGUCUGCUGAAGCUUCAAUCAUCGAGAUUAGGAGGUCAACGGAAAAGACUCAAAGGUGCAGGAAGCAAAUUGAAAUAUUUUGAUUUAGAUGAUCGAUUGAUAAAAUGGUUCAAAGAACGUCGAACACCUCCAGAUCUGAAUGGUGCAUCGAAUGAAAUUCGACGUGAAAGAAUUUCUUUUAAACAAUUGGUUCGAUGUGGUACACAAUUGUCAUUGGAACUGAAACAUGAAAUACCUUCUCUCAAAUGGUAUCGACGAUUCAUGAAAAGACACAAUUUAUCUCUACAACGUCCAAAAAGAAAUCAAAAGAUACCGUUGUAA